CACGAAAAACAAAUCAAACCAAAAAACUUGCGAAAUUUUCUGAAAUAAUUCACACUUUUCGACCGAAUAAAACUACUUUUUAUUAUUCAACCAAUAGGCCUAACAAAAUGGAUGAGAAAGAAGUGUUGUCAAUGAACCAAAUCUCUGAUGAUGUUAAGAUGGCCAGGGAGUAUGCAUUACUCAGCAACUAUGAUACAUCCCUUGUGUAUUAUCAAGCUGUCAUUCAACAGAUUCAGAAGUUCCUCGUGACUAUGAAAGAUCAGGAUAGAAGGCUCAAGUGGCAAAAGGUUCGAUCAGAACUGGCCCAAGAAUACGAGCAUGUGAAGGAUAUCGUCACAACUCUGGCCAGUUUUAAGCUUGAUGAUGGGGUGAGUGGCGACAUGGGCAGGAUGAGGAUGGAUGACGGCAGACAGAUAAGGCAAGCACCACAGGACGUCCCAACACGAGAUCCCGAUGUAUGGCCUCCACCAACUCCAGUCGAACAUAGACCAUCACCGAAUAUCCGAGGAGGCAUUAGCAAACCAGCAGCUAGGAAGCCUGAACCAUCCAAACCAUCAGGGGCCAGACAGCCGUAUAAACCAAGUGGUGGAGCAAGUAACGACGUCAAGAAACGAGGGGGUGUGCCUGAGAGAAAAGGUGCAGAGCAAAAUAAGAGGGAUAACAAACCUGUCAAAAAGGGCCAGGAAGGUGAAGGUGAAGAGAAGAAGUUUGAAGGUCAAGGAUUUGACAAGGAAUUGAUUGAGAUGUUGGAGAGGGAUAUAGUGUGCAGGAAUAUCAAUGUGAAAUGGGACGACAUAGCAGAUUUAGGAGAGGCUAAGCGAUUAUUGAAAGAGGCUGUAGUGUUACCACUCUGUAUUCCUGAUUUUUUCACUGGUAUCCGCAGACCCUGGAAGGGUGUCCUGAUGGUGGGGCCUCCAGGGACCGGCAAGACAUUACUCGCUAAAGCAGUUGCCACCGAAUGUGGUACGACCUUUUUCAGCGUCUCGUCCUCAACUCUUGCGUCAAAAUGGAGGGGCGAAUCAGAAAAAUUAGUCCGCCUACUUUUUGAAAUGGCUAGGUUUUAUGCUCCCAGUACCAUCUUCAUUGACGAGAUUGACUCGUUGUGUUCACAGAGAGGUGGCAGCUCUGAGCACGAGUCGAGCAGGAGGGUCAAAUCGGAGAUUCUCGUCCAGAUGGAUGGUGUGGAUGCUGGCAGUGAUGAUGCAACUAAGAUCGUGAUGGUGCUGGCUGCUACCAACUUCCCAUGGGAUCUAGAUGAGGCAUUGAGAAGGAGGCUGGAGAAGAGGAUUUACAUUCCAUUGCCAUCAGUUGAGGGAUGUGAGCAGCUGCUGAAGAUCAACCUGAAGACAGUCGAACUCCAUCCUGACGUCAACUUGGCGGCCAUUGCAGCUAAGAUGGAGGGAUAUUCUGGGGCGGAUGUCACAAACGUUUGCAGGGAUGCAGCCAUGAUGUCUAUGCGGCGGGCUAUUCAAGGCCUUACUCCAGAGCAGAUUCGAAACAUGCCCAAGUCUGAGUUGGCCAAGCCGCUGACCAUGACUGAUUUAGAGGAAGCGAUCCAGAAAGUAAACAAAACUGUCUCGAAGGAGGACAUCGAGAGAUAUUCUAAGUGGAUGAAUGAAUUUGGAUCAGUCUAAAACACAUGCUAAGCUGAGGGCUGACAAUCACUGGCUUCCUAAUGAACCCUUAUUCAAAACAUUAAUCAACUCUUCAGGCAGAUUGUCUCUACUCUAUAUCAGGUCACCAGUCAGGUCCAUCUUACACCAAUUUGAUACUGUGAGGAGCAUCGGACACAAAAGGUUUUUGUAUUGAAUCUAUACUUGAGUUAUUUGUUGUCACAUUCUCUGUCAUGUGUUGAUGUGGAAAUGCAAUGCACAGUAAUGUAAAGAGCAUCCUCUUUGCUUUAUUAUGUAAAUACAAUCGAAUUUCACUGCUCAUUUGUUUAUUCACUUAAAAUAUCUGUGAUGUUAAAUAUUCUGAUUUGCUAGAUUAUGCUUUUCAUUUUGUUCAGGAAUGAUACAUGUAUGCUAGAGAUACCUUAUUGUGGUGUUUUGCACAUUUAAUAAAGUUCUUCAAAUCUUA